ACGGAGUGCACGCGCAUUCCAAAACUAGCCUCUCGUGCAUCGUUUUACGUGGCAAGAAAACUGCGAAUAGACAAAACAGAAAACACACCGAGGCAAAGCGGGAAAACAGACCCUUUAUGGACUUUUGCGGUGUGUUUGUGUACUUUUAUGGGACAUUCAUUCGCAAUCGGCGAUGACGCAGAAUUCCUACAGUCAACAGACUCUCGUGGUGCUCGCGUUUUUAGGGAUUUUAUCCUCCAUUAUGUCCAUAUUAUCGGUCAUUUUGAUUUUUCAGCUGCAAACGCAACAGGCUGGAAUAAAGGAGUCGCAUUCUUUCGUGUCGAGUGAGAUUGCAGCGGUUUUAAUGCCUGUUUCUACAGUGCUCUCAGCCUUGUCUCUGACGCUCAGCUUGAGUUCAGUUGUCGCGUGUCUCCUCCAGAGUUAUUUCACAACUGAAAUGUGCAGAGGGGAACAAGAUACACAAAGGGCUGAUUGGUUUCUGUUGGAUAGCAGGGCUGUCCGGCACGUGGCCAUUGGGCUUUUUUGCCUUGGAGUUUCAGUUUAUUUAGCUGCCAUGUCCAUUUACAUGUUGUUGGUGUUUGAAGUUGAGACAGGAAUAGCCAGUGUGUGCGUUCUGUCCUCCGGUGUGCUCGUCCUGUUACUUAUCAUCAUUCAAUCAAUACAGGCGGCACAUACAGCCAAACACUUCCACAACGAAUAUGCCCACACCAUGUACCGAAAUGACCCUGAAAGCAGUGCUGGAAUUCAUAUGUCGAACUUCAGCCUUGCGGAUAAGCCGAGGAGGCAGCACAGUUUAGCUAGUCUGCAACGGGAUUUCACCAACAUUGACCCAAAACAGAAAAGCCAGUACUCGCCAUCCAAUGGGCCUCACGUUCACUCUAGUGAUAGCAGUGGCAGAAGUGGCCGAACACACCAGACCCUUUCGACUGAAUCGGGCCGGUUUCACACCCAGGCGAAACCUUGGAAUGGGGUAAACAGUGAGAUGAGAUCUGUGCUAGCACGCAAGGCCACAUUGAAGGAUUCAACUUUAGUAUGAAUGAUAUCAAGUUGGGCAUUAUGUGAUGGUUAUAAAUAGGUAAAUAUAUAAUAUGUGGCUCUGUAUAUCCUGUAACAUGUAGACUUUGAUCUCAUGAAAAUGUACCGACUGUGGUGACAUUUUUGCUAAAUGAUAUUAGGAAGUUUCCUUACAUGUAUUGCAGCAGUUCAGAGGUGUAAUGUCCACUAAGAGGCGCUAAAAGCGAGUGUAAUUUUCUCCCAUACACAUGAGGUUAUAAGGUUUUU